AUGUCCAGCAUCCUAUGCAUCGCAGGGCCGUCGCGGCUCUGCUUGCGAACAGAGGCUACAAAAUCGCCACCAGCAUUAUCACGCAUCAUUGCGCCCUCUCGCUCCUUCUCGCAGUCAUCUCCAGCAGCAUCGGGAUCCUCGAAAUGGUCCAAAAUCCGCCACAAGAAGGCCAUCCUCGAUGCAGCUCGCUCGAAUACAUUCGGUCGCCUCACGAGCGAGAUAGGCGCAGCUAUACGAGCCAACGGCCCUUCGCCGGACACGAAUGCCCGCCUGGCUAUGUGCCUUCGCAAAGCCAAAGAGCUCUCCUUCCCUAAGGACCGCCUGGAGAAUACAAUCUCGAAAGCGGUACGGCAAUUGUCGGGCGGCGAGGGGAUGCAGACUGUUUCUUACGAGGCAUUAGGACCGGACGGAGUGGCGAUGAUUAUUGAGUGUGCGACCGAUUCGCCGGGCAGGACGCAUGCGAGGAUCAAGGAGAUCUUCAACAAGCCCUCGAUGAAUGGCGGGGCGAGGGUAAGCUCCGUCAGUCACCUCUUUGAGCGCAAGGGCGUGGUCAGAGUAGCGUUGCCCGCGGAGGGCGGAAAGACCUUUGACGAAGUCUUUGAGAUGGCGCUCGAGGAUGGGGCAGAGGAAGUCAGAGAGGUGGAAGAGCCUGAGUCCGAUGCGGAGGAGAAGGUCUUGGAGGAGGACGGUACGGUCGUAGAAAUCUUGUGCGAGCCGGCGGCUAUUGGGGCAAUCAGCCAGAGAUUGAAGGGGGCACAGGUAGGGAUGGUCCUGGAAGCGGAGCAGAGGAUGCUGCCGACUAGUCCGCCCUUGAGGAUAGGUGAUGCGUCAGAGGAAGGCGAGGAGAGCGGCGAUGCUGGUGAGCGGGUCUCCACAGAGACGAUUGCCAAGAUGGACAGAUUCGUGGACUUCUUGCAAGAGAAUGCAGACUGCAGCAAGGUUUGGAGCAACAUUCGCAAUUGGCCGUAG